CUUUUAUCUGGAACAGGUGGAGAUAAUGACCAAUCACAGCCUCCAUCACAUUAUCUCCAAGGACCGCCUUUCUGAAAACAAAUGUCAAAUAUAGAGAGAAGACACAAGAGGGCAGCACAGAAAUCAAACCAAUGACUGAAGGUCAUAACAAGUGUUUCAGAAUAUAUAUGACCUUUACUGUACAGAUAUUUAUCUUAUUUACACAAGAUCCGCCCUGUGUCUUAUCUUCCCCUCACUCAUUUGCACUUUUACAAAUCCAGGCCAUUUUGCUAUAGCUUUAGUUAAUAAGACAAUGAGUUAUCAGAAGAUGUGGCCAAUGUGCUGCCCCUCCCUGUACUUCUUUUCUUCUGGACAUGGACAUUACGUGCACACUAACCUGGAGGACGUGACAGGACAACAGGGCAAAAGACAAAUAGAAAAUUAUACUGGAAUGGUGAGCAAGUAUGAGAGACUGAUCAAAGAGAAACUGAUGACAGAUUUUGAUUUUAAAGCUGAAGGUGCCAAAUAAAUUUUGAGAAUCAAUCAAAGUGAAUAAACUUCAUUCAUCAUGAUAACCCUGAACACCAAAUCCGUUACCGCACCGGUCGGAAUUGUCCGGAUUUUUGAAUUUGUGCUGACCUGCAUCACUUUCAGUCUGGUGGCUUCUCAGGGCCAUUUUAAUUUUUCAUUUUGGACAUGGUGCAUGUUUACCUGGUGCUUCUGCUGUUUCAUGACCCUCCUCAUCAUUAUUUUGGAGUUCACCAGCCUCAAUACCAAGGUGCCCAUCUCCUGGGAUGACUUCACUGCGGCGUUUGCCAUGCUGGCCACCCUGAUGGUGCUUGCGGCCUCGGCCAUCUACCCCAAGUUUUUCGCGUGCUCGACGUGCGCUCAUGAGAUUGCGGCAUCUGUGAUGUCCUGUUUGUCUUUUAUCCUGUACACAGUGGAAAUAGGUCUAACCCGAGCGAAACCCGGGGAGAUCAGCGGGUUCCUGUCCACUGUGCCCGGCUUACUGAAGGUUCUGGAGGCCUUUGUUGCCUGUAUCAUCUUCGUCUCGCUGGACUCAAACUUUUACAAAUAUUUUCCCGGGUUGCAGUGGUGUGUGGCCGUCUACUCCAUCUGCUUCAUCGUCUCUCUUCUCAUCAUCCUCCUGACAAUCUGUAGGUUGUUGGCUCUAUGCCCCUUUCCAUUUGAGAAAUUUCUGGUGGGUUACAAUGUGCUGGCGGUUAUGAUGUACAUGACGGCAGUGGUUAUAUGGCCAUUCUACAACUUCCGAAACAUUCCGGAAUACCCAGGCUACCCAUUCUGGGACAACAAGGUUGUUGUGUCGGCAAUGACCUGCGUCAAUCUGAUUGUAUAUAUUGUGGAUACAGUUUACUCAGUACGGUUGAGCUUCUUUGUUUCGCCAGCCUAGGUAAAGGACAAACCAUUUUAACCAAUCUAUUGCAUCAUGCAAGGAAAGGUAAAGUUUUAAUGUGGGGGUUUGUUUCAGUAAUAAAAUUAAUUUAAUUAAUACAAGAUUUUUUUUGAAAAAAAAUUGUCUUAAAGUUCUCUUAUGAAUGAUUAUGUAUGUCUGUUAUAAUAUGUAAUGAAUUACUUUGUUUAUGCUGUUAUGGUGAACUAAUAAAAUAAAAACUUUUUUUACAAUAUACAAAAUAAAUAGUUACAGUAUAGCUUUUGUAGCUAAAGCUUUAAAACGUGCCUAUAAAGACAUCUAAGGUAAAUUAUCAGCCACUAUAUACAGUAUAUUAUGCUUGAUAUAUAUCUUUCAACGUAUAAUCACCUGAAUAUAUAUUUAAACAGAUGUAUAUACUAUAAUCUGACACUUUUGCAGAAAUAAUGGAUAAAUCAAAUCAAAGUGAAAGACCUUUAUAGUUUGUGGUUAUAUCAAGCAUUUUGAAUGUUGACAUCUACAUUUUUUUUAAAGCACACAUUUGUGGACAACACUUUAAUGAUAUAUGUGGUGCAACAAAACAUGAGCAUUUAUCUCUUAAUGACUUCAUUAGUGUAACUUUUAACAGCCUUAUAUCUCUUUUGCAAUACAGUUCGACUUUGGACUUUUUAUUCUGAUUGUGUCAGAUAAUAUAAAAGACGAUAAAAUAAAUGGAUAACACUUAAAAAUUAAGGCAACCUGAUGCUGUCUCAACAAUUGUUUUAAUGUCUAGACAACUUAAAUUUAUUUGUUCAUGCAUGCUGCUUGUCCUUCUUCGCCAAUAAAGUUGACAAGUCCA